AUGAGGGAAGCAGUUCAGAAAAAUCUUUAUAGAAGCUACCUAGUUGGAAAGAAAAAAGAAGCUACCAAUAUAUUGCAGUAUACUGAUGAUACUGUUUUUUUGGGUGAGGCUGCCUGGGAGAAUGUCUAUGUUUUGAAGGCUUUGCUUAGAGGUUUUGAAUUGGCAUCUGGCCUGAAGAUUAAUUUUGCUAAAAGUCAAUUUGGGAUUUUAGGAGGUGAAGUCAAUUGGGCCCUUGAAGCAACCCAAAUCCUGAAUUGUAGGCAAAUGGAAUCCCCUUUUUACUACCUAGGUAUUCCUAUUGGGGCUAAUCCUUCAAGCCAGCUGGUGUGGGAGCCUCUGAUUAAUAAAUUUGAAUCUAAAUUAUCCAAAUGGGGCCAGAAAAAUAUAUCCAUGGGUGGGAAGAUCACCCUAAUAAAUUAUGUCCUGAAUGCUCUUCCACAGUAUUUUUCAACAUCAUUUGACUUGGAAGGUUGGGUGUGGGGAUAA